AUGGCUGAAGAUCUUAAAGCUCUGACUGCUGAAUUGACCUCGCUGAAGGCGACGGUGUCUCGUAUUAGUGAUGAGGCCGAGCUUCGCAAGUUGCACUUCAAGUACGGCUACUAUCUCGACAAAUGCCUGUAUCAAGAGGUCGUGGACAUGUGGUCCCAAUCACCAGAUGCCUUCAUUGAGUUCCAUGGAGGAAGAUACCGGGGACCAGAAGGCGUCCGCCGACUGUUUAUCGACCGUUUCGCAAGCAAAUUUGUCAAAGGCCGUAAUGGGCCUGUCCAUGGCGUCCUCCUAGACCAUGCGAUGAUGCAAGAUAUCAUUGACGUUAAUGACGAGGGAAAUCACGCCUGGGGAAGGAUGAGAACUUUUAUGUCCGCAGGCAACCAUGAAAGUAUCGCCAAGGAUCAUCCUCGAGGUCUUGUCCAAUGGUGGGAGUCAGGACUUUAUGAGAACGAGUAUAUCAAGGAAGAUGGAGUCUGGAAGCCGUAUCGUUACAGAUAUUUCCCCUUCUGGCAAGCCAAUUUCGAGAAAGGUUGGAGUCACACUCCUCCGGAAUACAUUCCCUUCCCCAAGAAGUGCUACCCAGAGGACCCAAUUGGUCCCGAUCAACUCGUCGAGACUAGGAAUUUGUGGCCACAGACAAAGGUUGUGCCUUUCCAUUAUCCUCACCCUGUUACCGGAAAGCAGGUUCAAGAGAGUGCUUUGGUGGCACCAACAUUGAAUGGGGAUUUGACCGAGGAUGGAGGAGCUCUAUCGAUUCGUGACCCCGAUCAGCGAACCGGAAAAUUAUAA